GGGCGGAAACGGCUCACGAGGCCCGCCGUAACGGUUCCCUCGCGCCACUUCCGGCCGGGUUCCGCAGACGGCGCUGGUGGGCGAUCGUGAGGCGCCGGAGGACGUUCCCCGCGGCCGGAGCCAUGGAGAUGCCGCUGCCGCCCGACGACCAGGAGCUUCGAAAUGUCAUCGACAAGCUCGCUCAAUUCGUGGCUCGCAACGGGCCCGAAUUUGAGAAGAUGACGAUGGAGAAGCAGAAGGACAACCCGAAAUUCUCGUUUCUGUUCGGAGGCGAGUUCUACAGUUACUACAAGUGCAAGCUGGCGCUGGAGCAGCAGCAGCUCAUCUGCAAACAGCAGGCCCCAGAACUGGAGCCAGCUGCAGCUCUGCCACCCCUGCCACAGCCCCCACUGGCCCCUGCGGCGCCCAUCCCACCAGCUCAGGGUGCCCCAUCCAUGGAUGAGCUCAUCCAGCAGAGCCAGUGGAACCUCCAGCAGCAGGAGCAGCACCUGUUGGCCCUCAGACAGGAGCAAGUGACAGCAGCUGUGGCCCACGCGGUGGAGCAGCAGAUGCAGAAGCUCUUGGAGGAGACCCAGCUGGACAUGAAUGAGUUUGAUAACCUUCUGCAGCCCAUCAUCGACACGUGCACCAAGGAUGCCAUCUCGGCUGGGAAGAACUGGAUGUUCAGCAACGCCAAGUCUCCACCACACUGCGAGCUGAUGGCAGGCCACCUGCGUAACCGCAUCACCGCUGACGGGGCACACUUCGAGCUGCGCCUGCACCUCAUCUACCUGAUCAACGAUGUGCUGCACCACUGGGCCCUGACGCGCGGAAGGUCUCUCCCUCACAGCCAGCGCAAGCAGGCCCGGGAGCUGCUGGCCGCCCUGCAGAAGGUCGUAGUGCCCAUUUACUGCACCAGCUUCCUAGCUGUGGAGGAGGACAAACAGCAGAAGAUUGCCCGGCUCCUGCAGCUCUGGGAAAAAAAUGGCUACUUCGAUGACUCGAUCAUUCAGCAGUUACAGAGCCCAGCCCUGGGACUUGGCCAGUACCAGGCCACUCUCAUCAACGAGCACUCCUCAGUGGUGCAGCCUGUGCAGCUGGCCUUCCAGCAGCAGAUCCAGACCCUCAAGACGCAGCACGAGGAGUUUGUCAGCAGCCUGGCCCAGCAGCAGCAGCAGCAGCAGCAGGUUCAGAUGCCACAAAUGGAAGCCGAAGUCAAGGCCACACCACCACCGCCAGCUCCUCCCCCGGCCCCUGCACCGGCCCCAGCCAUCCCACCAACCACCCAGCCUGAAGACAACAAACCUCCCAUCCAAAUGCCCGGCUCUUCCGAGUACGACACCACAGGAGGGGUCCAGGAUCCUGCCGCUGCCGGCCCCCGGGGCCCUGGGCCCCAUGACCAGAUCCCGCCCAACAAGCCCCCUUGGUUUGAUCAGCCCCACCCCGUCGCUCCUUGGGGCCAGCAGCAGCCUCCGGAGCAGCCCCCCUACCCCCACCACCAGGGCGGGCCACCCCACUGCCCACCCUGGAACAACAGCCACGAGGGCAUGUGGGGCGAGCAGCGUGGGGACCCCGGCUGGAACGGCCAGCGUGACGCACCCUGGAACAGCCAGCCCGACCCCAACUGGAACAGCCAGUUUGAGGGUCCCUGGAACAGUCAGCAUGAGCAGCCGCCCUGGGGUGGGGGCCAGCGCGAGCCACCCUUCCGCAUGCAGCGGCCACCCCACUUCCGUGGGCCCUUCCCGCCCCACCAGCAGCACCCACAGUUCAACCAGCCGCCACACCCCCACAACUUCAAUCGCUUCCCGCCCCGCUUCAUGCAAGACGACUUCCCCCCGCGCCAUCCCUUUGAGCGGCCACCCUAUCCACACCGCUUCGAUUACCCGCAGGGGGACUUCCCAGCCGAGAUGGGACCCCCUCACCACCACCCUGGCCACCGCAUGCCUCAUCCUGGGAUCAACGAGCACCCGCCCUGGGCCGGGCCUCAGCACCCUGACUUUGGCCCUCCCCCCCAUGGCUUUAAUGGGCAGCCCCCCCACAUGCGAAGACAGGGCCCUCCCCAUAUCAACCAUGAUGACCCCAGCCUGGUCCCCAACGUGCCCUAUUUUGAUCUCCCUGCUGGGUUGAUGGCCCCCCUCGUGAAGCUGGAAGACCACGAGUACAAGCCCUUGGACCCUAAAGACAUCCGCCUCCCGCCCCCCAUGCCACCCAGCGAGAGGCUGCUGGCGGCCGUGGAGGCCUUCUACAGCCCUCCCUCCCAUGACAGGCCCAGGAACAGCGAAGGCUGGGAGCAGAACGGCCUCUACGAGUUCUUCCGAGCAAAAAUGCGGGCGCGGCGGCGGAAAGGCCAGGAAAAGAGGAACAGCGGCCCCUCCAGGUCGCGAAGCAGAUCCAAGAGCCGAGGGCGCUCCUCUUCACGCUCCAACUCGAGGUCCUCCAAGUCGUCGGGCUCCUACUCCAGGUCGCGGUCGCGCUCCUGCUCGCGCUCCUACUCGCGCUCCAGAUCCAGGAGCCGGAGCAGGUCUCGCUCCUCACGAAGCCGCUCGAGGUCCCGGUCCCGGUCCAGGUCUAAGUCCUACUCCCCGGGAAGGAGGCGCCGGUCCAGAUCCAGGAGCCCCACCCCGCCUUCUUCGGCUGGUCUGGGUUCUAACUCAGCGCCUCCGAUACCUGACUCAAGACUCGGAGAAGAGAACAAGGGUCAUCAGAUGCUGGUGAAGAUGGGCUGGAGUGGCUCUGGUGGCCUUGGUGUGAAAGAGCAGGGGAUCCAGGACCCCAUCAAGGGCGGGGACGUCCGGGAUAAGUGGGACCAGUACAAGGGAGUGGGCGUGGCCCUGGACGACCCCUACGAGAACUACCGCCGGAACAAGAGCUACUCCUUCAUCGCCCGCAUGAAGGCCAGGGACGAGUUCUCCACGUUUGGGGCACGCAAGGAAGAGAAGGAAGACUAACCCGCGCCUAGUGAGGAGCGCCACGCGCUGGCAUGGGAAGGGCUCGGGCGCCGCCUGCACACCAGGAGGAGGUGCCACAGCACCCGGCCGCAAGCACGUGUCCCUUUACAGCGAAGCAAGAAACCCAAGACCCUCCUGUCCCCAAAUGAGAGCUCUUCACGCCUGAAGGAGUGGACGUGGCGCCUCUUCCGCCCACAGGGGCAGCUGGGCAGCGCCCACCACUCACAGCUCAAAACAGGAGAAGCAGGACCUCGAUUUGCAGAGUCCACCAGGGUUUUUGUUUUGACUCCGAAUGGUUUAGGUUAGAGAAAAUAUCCACCCGAGAUGCCCCCAGGAAGGUCAUUUUAAACCCGCUCCUCUGAGGUGUACUGGCCCUAGUUCAGUUUUUUAGUUGUGUACGUUGGUUUUUCUUCCUUGAAUGUUAGCCAUUUGCCAUUAUCUGGAGAAAAAAGUUCUGGCAAACGCUGUCGGGCAGACGCUGUGGGGCACCCACGGUCAGAGCCGCCCUGUGGGGGUCUGCACUGAGCCCCUCUGCUUGGUCUUCACUCGGGGAACCCAACACCAGCACUUGGUGCAACGGCCCAUUUCAAUUGAGUGUGGGGUGCCACUGCCCAGCUGGCACCUCCUGCUCUGCCAUUUCAUUUGCGAACCCCCAGCCCAGCCCCAAAGGGAGGUGAGGCCAGGAGUGUCACCUCUGCCAGAAGCCGCCUGGAUCGGCCACACCUGGGGUCAGUUGGCAGCUGGGUGCGGUGCCAUUUAUUUGUAAAGAAACACUUUUGAAAAAUUCUUUUCAGUAAGACGCAGAGUCCUCCCCACAACUUUUCAACCCCAUGUGGUAAAUAUUUGAUUUUGUUCUAGAUUUCCUGUAGCUGUGACUCGUUCAAAUGUGUCUGAUUCUGGAUAAAACAAACUCGUGCUGUUAACAAUUUCUUGUGAAUUUUACUGUUUUGCCUUCAAAUAAAGCCUUUUUCU